CCCGGGGCGAAAGGGCUGCAGGUGGAGGGCGGGCGAUGGCGGUGCCCCGGGCGAGGGGCGAGCGAGGAGCGGACGGAGGCGGCGGCGGCUGUGGAGCCCACGGACCCGGGCGGCUGAAUUUGCUAUAAAGUGGACAUGUGGCAUGGUCCCUUCCCUCUUUCCCACCUGCAGCAGGAGUGAGGAGACGCCCCUGUUCACAAUGAGAAGGGAUACCUAGACCCUGCCUCUAAUGUGGUCGCUGCUUUGUUCCGGAAUGUCUUAACAGAGAUGGCUGCAUGCAGGUGACCAUGGCUACGAGGGUAGAGGUCAGCCCCCUCGCGUCCCUAACACCUGUUCCCAACUUAAACGAGAUCACCAAGGAAGACAAACUGCAGGUGACCUACUAUCACCCCAUCAGCAAAGCCCCGGCCUCUCCUCCGGGGAUGGUGUUGGCAGGGCCGAGGAAUCUCAGGACUCCAUCGCGAGGCCUCCUCGGGCCCCGUCUUUCCCCAAAGCCAUUUUCUAAGGAGAGCCCUUUGGAUACGUUUGCAAAUGUGAAAUCUCCCAUCACGUCCGUGAAGCCUGGCACUGUGAUGACCAGGCCACUCACGUAUAGCAAGCUUGAGGACUCAUCCGCCGCUAAGGCUUUGGAUGAAAACAUGCCUUCCUUGGUUGAACCAAAGAUGGAUGAUGGGGGAGGCCUGAGCUCAAAUGUAAUAAAGCCCUUUAAUAAAUCCCUGCCUCAAGCCGUGCAUAGCCAAAACACCAUUAUCCUGUUUGAGACGGCUGGUCCCUCCAAGGCCAAGGCCAAGCCCAGCUCAGGGAAGUGGGCAGGUGAGGAGCAAAAGGUAGACAAUGUGGGCCAGCUCCAAGGACACCUGCCCAUCUCCAAGACUGAGACUUUGGCCAAACCUGCACUGCCACCUCGGAGAUCUGUGGGGAUCCUCCAGAGGCAAGCGUCUCUGUCUUCGGACGAAAGGCCGGCUGUGUUGAAAUCUUGGGAGAAGGGGGAGGAAAAGGAACCCGUAGUAUCCCCUGGCAUCAAGAAUGAAGGAGGUCCCCCAUCUUCAGAGGUCCUGCCGAGGGUCAGGCAGAGGCCCGUCUCAGCCAUCUUCGAGUCUCUCCAAAAUCCAAAGCCAAGUCCUUUAGAACUCCCCGGGGGGAAGGUCCCCCCUCCUCCCCCGGAAAAAUCGUGGGUCCGGAAACCUCGGCCCCUGUCUGUGGAUCUCACGGCCAUGUUUGAAAAUAAGGACAUCCUGUCCAAGAAGGUGGUCAGUCCCUCGGAGGCGAGCAAGGAGAAAGGGCUGGGUGUGAGUUCCAAUGACAGAGGGAAUGGAGAAGAGACGUCAGAGCCAUUGGACAGGGCCGCACCCUCGAAGCCUACCUUGAGAUCGAAGGAACAACGGGAUUUGGACAUCCCAGACUUGAAAAACAAAGUCAAGGAACAGAAUCAGAAAAUUGUCUUUAGGUCGAUGGAAGCCUGUUCUUCCGAGACAUCUACAGACCUGACUGAGGCCUCAGCCAGAAAAGGGUGGAACUCAUUGGAAGAGAAGGCCAAACAGGAGAGGGACCCAGAGCGCAAGGAGGCUGAAGGAGCAGCGUCUUUGCCUAGAUCAGAAAAAAGCCCAGCACUUGCGGAGGGGAAAACCCGAGCAGCUGAGGGGUACAGCAAGGGGACCGAAAGGGACAGCUCUGCAGGGGGAGAGUGGGUAUCGAGGGGGAGUGUCAAGAAGCGGGUCAGUCUGUUUGGCUCAGAAAACUUCUCGUCUCGGUUAAGCACCGAGGCUCCCACUCCAGCCCCCGAGAUGGAGAAAGGCAGCGUGAAAGUCCAGGACCGAAUCAAAGAGUGGACAGUGGAGAGCCCCGAGCCUCAGGUGCCCCCCGAGAGCAGGAGGAGGUCCUUCCAAUCUAGGCCCCUGUCUGCCGACCUGACCAAAGUGUUCACAAGGCCAGCUUUGGAGAGCGAGUCGAGACUUGUUAAGGGCCCGGCACCGAGUGGUGAGCUUCUUCAAGACAGCGUUCCCCAAGAAAAGAACAAAGAAGGGCACAUUUUACUCAGAACGGAUUUGAAUGGAGCAUCUGCUGGGAGAAACCAGUGGAAGCCUGUGAAGCCCUGUGAGAAAACCAGACAGACUGAACGGAAAUUGAGCUCCAGCAACGAAACGGACGGCUCCUCCUUCCCGAAAGAGGAUUCCACCUUGGCGCCCUGUCGGCUGGAGGCCCAGUCACCAUCCACCAUGGCUGAAGAUGAUGGGGACUUUCAGACCGUCUGGGCAACCGUGUAUGAACACAACGUGGUGAGGUACACCGUGGCUGACCAUCCCUUCCUGACAUCUUCUAAUGAGUCAGCCAGAAAAUGCAGCGAGCCACCCAACCUAGGAGCAGAGAAGGCAUCUUGGUCGGGGAAGGGACCCGGGGGGGACAAGGUGAACGUCAGAACUGAGAAUUCUAAGUGGGCCGAGAGACUCAAUGCACAGAAAGCCUGGAGCAGUGUCCUGCCUGAUGAAGAAAAAAGUCCAAUGAAUGCUGCCCUGUUGGAAAAACAUCCCGGGGGCGAAAGAUGGAAUGCCUCUUCUGUGAAGCAGGCGGGAAAUAGUCUUUCUCACCAAAGAAUUGAACCCAGAUACGACAUUGUCCAUAUGACCAGUGAAAGGAGCCUCAGCGAGGUUGUUGUAACUGCCCCUGAGGAAAAGGCCGUGACGCUUAGGACCAACAAACUGUGGUCUUCCCUGAAAGAGAAGCAGGGCUCUCAGAGCGAGGGUCUUAACACGAAACAGCAGGGUAGACUGGACGUGAAAAUGGGGCCCUACCAAGCCUCUAGUUUGGCUGGGGAAACCCAAGAGAAGCUGGAAACAGCUACCCCUAAGUCUGAAUUCCACAAACCCAAGGAAUUGUUGGGUGGCUCACUGCCGCCCAACAAAAUAGUUGAGAAGCCCUAUUUGGUAAACCAGGACAAGGCCCCUGGGCUAGCGGGCAGUGAGAAGGCUUCUAGGUCAUUCCCAUGCCAGAUUGCCAAGGAAAAGGAAAGUCCGGCCCACAUUCCCGAGACCGUGGUGGUCAGAGAAGCCCAUAUAGAUUCCUAUAAUGUUUAUCCGUUGGUCAGUUCAGUGGAAAUGAAGAAAGUUGUUUCUCAAAGUCCAGGGGAAGGAAGGAGGCAGCUUCAUGAUUAUUUGAAUAACUCUCAUCCCAGGGUGGGUCUACGGGCCACGGCUAAAGAAGAAUCCUUUGACCUCAGAUCAAAAAAACACUUGGGUUCGAGGUCGGUGAGAAAAGAAUCUCUCAUAAUGGCCGAAGAAAGUGAUUGGAGCCAGUCCCAGACCCCGGAACCAGAAGCCAAAGUCAGGAAGUCGGGAAGCACGGAUGUGAGAAUAACAGAAAAAUGGCGGCGAAGGACGCUGCCUAAUGACGUGAAGUUUGACGAGUUCAUCUCGUUUGCUCCAGAACCGGCCAAGAGGCUUGGGAGACGAGCCGAUUCUCUGUCCCCCAGCGACGCCUACUUCAAAAAGAGUCGGCAGACCCAGGACGGGCUAGAUUCGAAGGAGUCUAGUCACAGUGUGCCGCAGGAUGCGAAGGAGGAGGCACCAAAGCCAGAGCCUCCUCAGGAGCCCAGGGAGACCUAUUUUGCUGUGACAUAUCAGAUCUCUGGGGAGAAACGAGAAUAUAAUACAGACAAUUCUGUUUAUGAAAACAGGAAGACCUCUUCACUAGACAAAGAUGAACCAGUCAGUGUCCAUAAUUCUCGAAAACUUGGCUUUUUGUCUGAAUCGUCCCCAAACUCUAGGUUAGCUCCUUCAUACCCCAGAGACCCACCAGAAAACCCUGAUAGGAAGACUUGGCAGGCCAAAGAAAGGGAACAGGAAAACCUUAGUUUUUCCAAGAGCCCGAGGCCCAGUGACCAGCCAGUGCAGCCUGGGGAGAGAAGAACAAGAAAUGCCGAUGGCAGAGUGAUAGAUGUGGAUACUUUGUGGGUUAACCAAAGGUCCAAGAACCCCAGCAUCCCCAACGAUCCCAAAGAGGAUGGAGGCAAGAGGUCUUCUAGGACUUCCGAGCAUUUUAUGUAUUCAUCAAAGAGCAGUGACCUCCUGAUGAGAAGGAAGCAGGGUAAUACCCAUGAAUCACCCAGGGCCAAAGCUGAGGAUGGUUACAGGUCGAGUGUCCUUGACAUAGAUGCCCUCAUGGCUGAAUACAAAGAAGAAUCCAUGAAAGGAGCUGACCCUAGGGACCGGAAGGAGGAGAGAGUACCUGCCAGCCAUGGUGGGUUUCAGUGGGAGAGGCCAGGUACCAGGAGUUCUGCAGACCACCUUUCCCAGAGGUAUGACAGGAGGGGCCAGAAGGACCCCCAGGAUCAUACAGCUUUCAGGAAGUCGGCGAAUCUCCCUGGGCCACAACGCCACCAGCCCAGGGAAUCCAGCCCCGUGAUGCACUCUGGACCUGAAAUAAACAAGGAGAAGACUGAGUCCCCCACUCACGAACCGAGUCGACAGAAAGCUCCCAGCACCAAAUUCACCCCUCCACUCUGGGCCAUGCCCCAGUCCGGACUGGCUGAGCAAUACCUGGAUUCACCUUCAGACACCUGGAAGAAAACACCUGCCGAGGAUGAGAAAAAAGAUGCAGCAUCUGCUAACAAGCUACAAAACACCAAAUGCCAUGGUUACAGGGCUGAGCCGAACACCCCUUCACUUGAUAUUAAAAACAUGGACACAAACGUGCCUCCCAAGACCUCCCCUGUUGCUCAAGAUGCCAUCCUAUUUGAGGAUGAAGUCUGGGCUCCCCGAAACUCUGUGGGGAAAAGGGAGAAAGCGGGCUCUCUCCACGGGAGAACUAAAGUGAGGAGGGGUGACUAUGACUCGGACUUCGGAAACAUGCCUGUGGACAUCAAGCGUACUUAUUCGGAAAAGACAGCCCCCGCCUCAGUCCGAGAGAAUCUAUCCCUGAUGCAGGAGGCCCGAGAACGCAGGAAGGAACAAUUGAAAGCCCAGCAGAGUCUCCCAGGAGAAAAUCUCGAGAGCAUGGUGGUCUACAGAGUAUUCCCACACUGGGAAACGAAAUCCAGUGAGAAUCAUAAGGUGCCACAGGACAUCGAAAAAGAGAGAGUCAGGCCUGCUAACAAUAAAUCCCCCCUGAGCGGUUUCACUCCUACACCUGUCCCCAGGAGAAGUCACAGCUUCUGCAAAGACAAGAAAAUUGAGCCUUUUAUGGAUCAGCUCAAACAGUGUUUUGCAAGGCAGCCACCGGAGGCCAAGGACACAGACACACUGGUGCAGGAGAAUGAUAGCCAGUAUGGGACCUGGAAUGAUCCACGGCAGAGUGGGGAGAGCUUCGCUCCUGAGACUCCUUCUCCUGACAACAACGUUGCCUCGGCCCGAAAACAGCCUCCCGGCAGCCGCCUUUCUUCCCUGUCCUCCCAGACGGAGCCUGCCUCCCCCGCCGAUCUUGGGGACGCCUCCAGGGAUCAGCGGAGCACGAGCUUGGACCGCUCCAGCACCGACUUGGAUUCCACUGAUGGGGCAGAGGGGGCGCCCCCUUCAGACACUGGCCCCGAGGCCAGGGUGGAUGACUUUUCCUUCAUCAAUCAAACCUCAGUCUUGGACUCCAGCGCCCUGAAGGCCCGAGCCCAGCUCAGCAAAAGGAAUCGGCGCCGGGCCCCAAUCUCCCACGCCCUCAGGAGAAGCCGAGCCAGCGAGGCCGAGAACUGGUCUUCACUGGUGGAGGAGACUGACAGUGCAUGGAUGUUUAAGGAUUCUACAGAAGAGAAAUCGGUCAAGAAGGAGGAGUCAGACGAAGAGGAGAAGACACCCAGGUCAGAGAGGACUCCUGUCAGCCAGCCCCAGCGGCUCCCCAUCUUCCCGGGCGUGGAUCCUUCUGUGCUCAAGGCUCAACUUCGGAAACGGAAUGAAUUGGACAGCCCCGGUGAAGCCCAGACUUCGGCCCAGCUGUCCAGGUCUCCUAAAUCCCCCUUCCAGCCUGGAGCCCUGGGCAGUCGGGUGUUGCCUUCCGGUAUGGAGAAGGAGGAGAAGUCAGAAGAAACGUCUCCACAGUGGCUGAAAGAUUUGAAAUCCAAGAAGAGGCAGAGCCUGUAUGAGAAUCAAGCUUGAUAAAGGUAAAAGAGAAUGCUGAAGUCUCAUUAACAGAAGCCUUAAUUGUCCAAACCUGAAGACAAAAGUCCUGCUGCUGUUUGCUUCCUGCCUCCUGGGUUAGGUGCCUGGAGGGGCCACGAAAAGCUGCUUAGAAUUCUGAGUCCCAGAAGGGAAGAAGCUCUUGUUGGUUCCUAAAGGGAAGGAGAGUCACUGGGGAAGACCUUGAAGCCAGAGCUGGUCCUUCUGAGCCUACCCAGGCUGCCCUUCAGGGCUGAGAAGCAUGUUCUCUCUGUUCUCUUCUUGUUUUUUUUUUUUUUUUAAGUAAAAUCCCUCAUCUCUACCCACUUCAGAUAUUCUAAGCAGCCUCAGACACAAAGGCCUGCCUUGCCCGCCUCACCGGGAUGGGGUGUGAGGAGACUGCUGUUGUCUCAUUGGUCUCUGAAACUAUCUGAAUUGGGACCCUGCCCGUUUCUCCCCUCGCCGUGCCGUAAUCCCCGCAGGGCGUGAAAGGACCUGGGGCCUUCCUGCCAUGCCUGCGGCCCACGGGGUCCACUGCUGAUUCUGUAUUAUAGUGGUUUUUGAUCAAUACUCCCACUGGUUUCUCACCCUCAGAGAUUUGCAGGCCUGAUUGUCAAAUGUACCCGUGAGUGGAGGUCUGUCCAGCCUUGCCCCCAGAUGUGUCUCCAUCAGCUGGACCAAUAGCUUCAUUGGAAUGCCAUUUCCUGGUCUUUAGAAGUAGGGGGAAGGGGAUAAAGCAAUAAUUCCAUUGAUUCUCUUUCCUAUCUGAAGUGUAGAUAGGCUUUUUAUGUGAAAAGAAAAGGAAGGAGUUGGUCUCAUGUCUUCAGACACCUCAGGUUAUUCCCACCCAAUCAUUUUGGUCAUUGUUUUUGUAAAUACCAAUGUCUUCUUUCUUUCUUCCCCCCUGCUUUGAUUUUGGUGGGUUAACCGAUUUCCAUGGAAUCUCCAGGCUUCUCGAGGAAAUGUAGCCCAUUGUGCUACUGAUCAGAAUCGGACCCACACGGGACCCCGGUUGCUGAGUGGGAUGACCCUUGGCUGGCUGGGAUUCUCCUCUCUUUCUAGAGCCAUUUCCAAAGUCAGCAGUCUAGAGAUUCCAUUUUCAAUUGCAUUUUUAGUUUCUUAUCUAUCCUGCCCAUUCUUUUUGUUGUUGUUGUUGUUGUUGUUCUAUUCUGUUUUUGUUUUUUUUAAGUGCUCUUUUCAAAAAACAAACAAACCCAAAUGUAGAUAGCAAUGGGCUUGCUAAGAUUCUCAACCUUUCCCAGGACCAGAGCUGAGAGAGGGAUGGAGAGACUGGCCUAAGGAUGUGGUUUCCCUUUGUCCGUUCCCUUUCUCAAGCAAAAGUGCCCGUGAACUGCCUUCCUCUACAAUCUCUAGGGAUCCUGGGCUCCCCCAAAUACCUCUGCCUUUUGGGUAUGUAAGCAUUCCCUAACAGAGAUCCCCUGACCCUGGCAUCCCCUGAUACCCCAGCUAACCGAUGGGGAUCACCUCCACACACAGCCAUUUAGCAGGCCACGCAUGGCCACAAACUUUGUGCCAACCCCAUUUAAAAGAAACCACAAAGAAGCAAAUGCCGGCAGCUUGCAAAGCCAUGGAGCAUCAUGGGGCCAAGGUCUUCUGAGAAGCAGAUGGAGCGUGGGGCGUUCUCUGGCCCCACUCCGGGAAUGAAAGUGGACUCUCAGUCCCCACAUGAAUAACUUGAACAUACACAUCUCUGCCUUGUCUGCCGGGAGGGAGACAAAAGGGGCCAGGAAGUCUGUAUGUCUCCCAUCCCCUCGAGUUCAUGGUCAUUGAACUCCCAGCAAUGGAUUCCUGGUGAAAUCUUCCCCUGCCUUCCUUUCCCUCCUUUCCAGCUGAAGGACGCUCUCAAUUUCCAGGCAAGGACAAAAAUGUGGGAUGAGAUCAUUCUAUUGAAAUCCUCCGCUGGACCCCGUUAAGAGAUACUAUUGCCUCGUCUUCUUCCGGAUUCGGUUGUGUCUGAACCCUACAUUGUGCGUUUGCUUUAUGGGGGUCAGUGUUCUCUUCUCACUCCUCAUAGCACUUACCUCAGUGUUCACCCAACAUCAGCCGUUCCAGUGGCCCCAGAUAGAGUAUCUUUAAUGAGGGCUCAGGCCAGCUCUAAGGAUCCUGUAACACCUGUAUGCAGGGAGCCACCAUAUUUUGGCAGGAGGUGAAUACAGAGAAAGGCGGCUGUUUGGUGAGGAGGACCCCCCACCCCAUCCCCUCUCCAGCUAUGGGAUCAUUUUAAGUCCCAGUUUGUGUCUUUCCUCAUGCAGCAAUGUGGAGACAGUCGACACCAGGGGCUUUUUCAGGCAGCAGUCCCAUUAAAUGCUUCCUCAGAGAAUUCUCUCCUUUCGUUAGCUGCCGAGUUUACGUUUCCAGACUAGGAUGAGGUCAAGGGGCACUUGGCUGCCCACAUUGGGGUGUAGCCCACUGUGCUGACAUGCCCCGGACAGUAUUUUAACUGGGAGGAAGAAAUGCCCCUCGCUCCAAACCUCACAGGCCCACAGAGCGAGAUCCAUGGCUGGGAAGAAAAGCUCCCAUUCUGUCUUGGAAUCCACCAUCCAAAUUCGUGGCACCAGAACUGUCCUUGGGGACUUUACCUCGAAAGCCCCUCCUCUUGAAAACUUUGGUUUUCAGCCAUCAUUUCCCCCCAACGCUGCUAAAACAGGCCCACUGCUCGUGGCUAUGGGAUGUCUCCUAACACUUCCUUUCAUUUUGGUCUUUGCCAAUGCAGCAACGAUGAUGCUUAGAAAUCCCUCAUCGACACCCUGGUGACUGGUCCGCUUCUGGUUUAGCUGGGACAAAACUAACUUUUGCUUACCUCACUGUCAAAAUGGGCCUUGGGCCUCCAUUGGAAGCCAGUCUCCAUAACUUCCCAGGAAUAUCCACCAAUUUUAACUCCAUAUAUGAGCCCUCUUUGGAAAUUUGGCCUUCAUGUAGAUUUGGCGCUCAAUUGCUUUAGAAGGUUUUAGUCAUUUUAAAGGCAAUUUAGUAUUUUCCGCUUGAUCAUCAACACCUCCCUAUUCGCUGAUUCUUCCAGGAGCCCAUAAGCCAUAUUCUGAAUGUGAAAUCACUUUCAUCUACAAGCUUUCUCUCCUUCCCUCUCUUCCCUCUUUUGACAGCUGCCAACUGCAGAGAGCAGAAAUCUCUGUCCUUUACUGUUGUCUGCCACCUCACCCCUGGAACUCUGGCCUGGGAAGCCCCAGUGGGAAUCUCUAACCCUGCAAUAACAUGGAUGCUAAUGUCCAAUUGGUACUCUACGGUUUCCCUAGGAAUUCUGCCCAAACAGAAGCUUCAUGACACAGAUGUGGAAUUUGGUUUAUUUUGAGCCCAAGAGCCCAAGUCGUUAAUUGUCUGGCGAAAUGGCCAUCAACUUGGGGUAAUUUCUAAGCCACAGAGACCAACGAUAUCUAGUUUUUUGUUGUUGUUGUUGUUUGUUUUUUUAGCAAUCCCGUUCAUCCUUCAUGUGUGUGGUCUCCAUGAAUGUCAUUCUUCUGCUGUGUCAUUAGAGAGAGAGAAAAUAGAGACCAAGCUAUUGAACUCCAACGUCCCUAAAUGUAAACGGUUAAGCAAGCGAUUCCAAGAAGCCCUAGAAAGAAAUUCUCUGGAAUAAACCUCAGCACUCCAAACUGUUGCUUUGGACUGCCUUAUCAAUUGAUGUUUUUAAUCUCUCAGCAGAGGCUCCCCAGGGCUCCCAGAUUGGUGCAUAAUUACAAAUAUGCAGAUCCUUAAGUGUGCAAUAGAUAAAGCGGGUAACUCCCCAGUUGGGGCCCAGGGAGAGAAGGGAAACUAUGGCUAAAUUCUGACCUAAAUCUGGUCACCAAGGACUUCCCAGGCCAAGCCUCUUCAGCCUCUUGGCCUUUGGGAAAUGUGUCCCCAAUGAAAGUAAAGACAUGAAUAGAAUGACCCUCUCCACCCCAGAUGCUACCAGUGACCCAGUUCAAGCCCAUUGGUUGUCCCACUGACCUUUUAAACUCAGUUGUUCUCCCCCUCCUCCCAGUGUAUGAUUUGGGGAAACAGGAGCAACAUCACCCAAUCCAUCUCUUAACUAUUUGGGGAUCACCCCUUUAAAAAUUGGCCACGCUAAGAUGGGAGGGGAGGGUGGGGUAAAGAAGAGAAGUCACCCCAAAGUAUCUCAAUGUGCCUUUUUCUUUAUAGUCCACAGCUAAAAAUCCCCAUGGUGUGUGGCUGGACCAUUAUGUCAGGAGAACAGUAUUGUAGAGUGACUAGAAAUCAGUGCUUCAGGAGGGAACCAAGUGUAGCCUUCUGGUGUUCUCAGCAUGAAGAUGAACUCAAUGCCCCCAAACCUUCCCUAGGGAGUAGGCAUCUAUCCUUGAUUGGCUGGGAGCUGAUGGCUAUGGUGGAAUGAUUGAUGAAUGAGAUGGCUGGUCCUGUGCCAAGCAGGUGAUGCCCAAGUCUGAAAGGGACCAGUGCCCUGGGCAGGCAAGUGGUUGUUGGGGUAUGGCCAUUACUAAGGGAGGAGCUGCUCUAUCCAAGAAGAGCCUGUGAACAGGUGCAUGUUGCACCUACGAUGUCAAUUUCUGAGCAUGGCUCUGGGGUUGCCCUGUGGAGUGGGAGAUGAAGGCUGGUGGGGAUAAAUUCCAGUGCUAUACUCAGGGAAUGUAGUAGAGGAGACUUCUAGGAUGUUAACUCUUCAAAGGAGAAAAAGGCCAGGGCUACAGAGAGAGGCUUUCCCAUCUCCCCUCUUUCCCACUUGGGAGAUCAUUUCUGGAAUGCCCACUCCAAAUUCCUGGAAAUGGGAAUUAACCCAGUUUCCACUGAGGGGAGAUGGGGGAGGGGAGGAAGGGGGAAGAGAGCAGUGGUUCCUGGUUCAGCAGACUGCUCUCCCUGCUAGCCGAGUCCCAGCAUGUCCAUUAGAAUGGCCAUACAGAACAUCUGUUUUGUUUUUCUUUUGAAUAAUCUCAUUCCAGAUAGCCUUAGAGUCCCUGUAAAUAGAGAACACCCAAAAUAAUAUAUUGUGUUAGAGAAAAUAUUUUGUACCACAUUUGUUUCCUAAGUAAUUCCACCCUCCUCAGCGUUGCGUCCUUGUAUGAAUAUGACUCCCAAGAAUGCUUUGUCAGGUUUUUAAAAUUAUAUAUAUAUAUAUAUAAAUAUUAUAUUUUCUAAUAUUUCUGCUGUGAUCAUUCCUCAGAGAUUUAGGAAGUGACAGCAGAUGGAAAUUGAGUUCUGCUAAAAAAAAAUAUUGUCCCGGCACCCUUGCUUCUUGUUGCCUUAUGGGCAAGCAGGCUAACUCUGUGAGCUCUGAACAAAUCUAAGCCAGAUCAUGGGCACUUUAGACAUCCUAGAAAGGACCCCCCCAGUCAGGUUAGAGAGAACACAUGAGUACACAAAGGCCUAUAUUUUUAAUGUCAAAUGAAAAGAGUGUAUCUUUACUUUGGGAUGCUAGCAAUUUUUUUUCCAGGCGUUCCUUUGCCCUACAGAGUAUCGGAUGUAAAGAAGACCUUUUAUAUUUUACCACUGAAGAGUUUCCUAUUCAUAGAAAAAUAAAAAAAGCUGUUUUGAAAAUGUGAUCCAGGACUGCAAUAAAGAGAUGACCUAGAGAAAUGAUGGCCUCAUCCUGUGGGUCUUUGCAUGUAUAAAAAAAUGUCGCAUUUGAACUAUGAACAUAGAAAAAUAAAGCUUUGAAGCCAGUUGUAUUUAA